GGCGCUAGACUUGUCUCAAUCAUCUUUUUAAAAAUCCACGCGAGACUUGACACCGCAAGCUUAAAAAUUCCUGGCAUAACUAAGUAGCGGAAUACAGUACAGUACUGAGUAUUGGCCAAAAACUAAGUUGAGGUCUAUGUAUGAGAUUGGUCGCUGAUUGUUAUCUGAUAGUGAAGGCGAACACAUCAUUUUUACACUUUUUGGGAUAUUAUAUAUUAUUCAACCUUGCACUUGGAUGUGGACGAGGCGGCCAUCCUUUUUGUGACAACCCAGACGGUGUCUUUGUAAUGCUGACAUUUUCGUAGAGAGUUUUACUCUUAUCAAUUUGCCAUUUGUUGGAAUUAGCAUGUUAAUGAUUCUGAGGAUGUGCUGAGGCACAGCAUUGAAUGCUUCAUUGUAGCAUUGAGGCAUGGCCCAGAUAGGACCUGUGAAAACCAUGCUACAAACCACACAUAGUUUGUUAUUUACUGCUGCUGUCAUGCCACAGAACAGUAGCACACAGAACGGCUCGGCGCUUCACCGACAGACAAAAAGUGAUGAACAUUUACUUCUAGUUGAGAAACUUAAACAUCACAAACCAUCAUUGAGUGAGGAUCUACAAAUAUUUAAGGAUAAUUCCUCCCCUUUAGAAAAAUCUAACUGGGAAGAUUUCGUCCCUGGGUCUGGCACCCCUGACAAGAAUGGACAGCUAACAAAUGAGUUAGACGAUCAAGGAUUUGCAGGCCCAAGAAAUGUAUCAGUAAAUGUUACUCACUUACCGCAAUAUGAUAGAAUGCAAUCGCUAGGACAGACCAGUAUACUAGAGAGUUUAUCCAGAGAAUUUGGAACUAGUUUUCACAUGCAGUUGCCAGUUAUAACGAACCAAGAACAAUUAGUUGUUACUGAUCUGGACAAGAGACCUCCCCCACCUGACUACCCUGGCACAUUGACAGGCCCUGAACAUGGAUUACCUAUAAGCAACACAGUAGGGAAUGUGGCAUAUGGUGGAGAUACUGACCCCCAACCCGAGGGCUCAAGGUCAGCUGAAGCUUUGGAGGAAACUGUCAAAGAAAAGUCGCCAGUUUCACAUACAAAACAUAACUCAAAUUUUGAGGUUGAUCACGAGGCAAUAGCUGGUCGAGCCACAAAAAUGGUGGAGAUUCUGUCGGAAGAGAACACAGCAUUACGUCAAGAACUUGAGGGAUACUACCAAAAAGUCAGCAAAUUGCAAAAGUUUGAGCAAGAUGUAAACAAAGUACAGGCAGCACACCAGAAGAUAGUUGAAUCGACUAUUAAACGUGAAGUUCUAGAAACUAAGAUGAGAGUGAAGCUGGAAUUAGAUGUUAAACGAUUGCAGGAGGAGAAUAAGGAAUUACGAGCGAGUGCCGAAUGUCUGCAAAACGCCAAAUUAACAGCUCAAGAGUCGCAGUACAUCUUGGACUCGGACUUAAAAGCAGAGCUUGCCAAGAAAGACACAAUUAUAACUCAUCUCAUAGCCCAACGUAAGCAUUCUUCUUUUAAGACAGUGUCUGCGCAGACCGCAACACUCACAGAACAGCGCAACCACAUUGACCUUCUGGACACCGUCUUAUCGAAUGCACAGGCUAAUGUUUCCAAGAUGCAGGAAGAGUCACGGAAAAGACAAAUAUUAGAAGAGCAAGUUGAAUCCCUACAAAAGACGAUGUUUGCUAUGAAAGCGGCAAAUUUGAAGAGAGAGAAAAAAGAUCAAGAAUUGCGCCUUGAUUUGGAGAGACAGAUUGAAAACCUUAAAAAACAACAGAACAAUACACGCAGUAACGAGGAGGAAACAGGUGGUAGUGAUUGCCAAAGCAACCAGUCCUUGUUGGAAAUGCUUAAGAAAAAAGAGGAGAAAAUUUGCAGCCUUGAAACUGAAAUUAGCAAGAUGGAAUUGAAGUUACAAGAAGAAAGUGCAAUCAAGAUGGUUGCUCAGUCUAACAUACAAAGGGAUGCAAGGAUUGCAGCUUUAGAGAAAAAUUCCAUAGAAGCCGAGAAAAUUCUUGUGGAUACACAAACAGAGAGGACACGGCAGGCAGAGGAUAUUUACCUGGCAAAGAAACGUGUUGCCGAAUUGGAAGCAACAAUUAGAGUCUUGCAGUCUGAACUCGCUCAUAAAGACUCUCUGAUCCAAGUCCUCCAGCAGCAAUCCCUACAGAAGGAUGCCUCCCUCUCUUCCCUUGAGAAACUACUGCGAACAACGACAUCGCCACACAGUUCUCUACAGAACUUGCGGAUGGGUUCUUCAGAGUCUGUACAACAGCAGUCACGACUCUCUGGUAGUUCAAACUCCCUCCAGAACCUGUCUCAGAAAUCACCAGUAAACUCAAUGCAAAAUCUGACAGUCAAAUCACCAGCAGGGUCAUACCAAAACUUGUCAAUUCGACCCCAGGGCAAAGGGCAUGGGUCACAGGAGAGGUUGCUGAUGAUGGGAGAUUCUUACAUGUCUCACAGUACAUCUGCUUUAUCAUCUAUUGGAUUACAAGAAGUUGAGAAGAGACAUGUGUUAGAUGAGAAACUGAAGAAGUUGGAUCAAGACAUUGCCCAGCAGGAUAAAAUUCUGGACUCGUUAUUCAAGAAAUCAUCAGGCCAGAAUGUUUGAAGCAGUCUCGCUUACAUUUGCAGACGAAAUGUACUUCAUAUCUUUGAUGUUGUCUACUCUCUGACAAUGACGACUGAGGACGCUAUACUAAACUGAAUUCUGGUGACUAAUUCUGAGAGAAUGGAAUUGGUCAUGAGCUGGUUGUUGUAGCAAUGCCAAUGCAAUCUGUUGGAUAUUUGAAGAAUGUUUGGAGAGAAUUUAUACAUAAUGACUGAGCUAUCAUCAUCUGGCCAUUUGAUGACAACGGUCUCUCAAAAUGUUUUGGGAGAAAUAAUGUUCAUGGACGGAAAAUGUUGAGCUGAUGCCUACAUUCUACUGAAACCAAUAUGUUUUGGUUUUUCUUUUGUAUGCUAUCUUGGCUUUGAGACUUAAGAUUUGUGAAAACAUUACUUAACUUUUUAGGUCUAUAUUAUGAACAGAAUUAAUAUGCAAAAAAUAAUUUAUCUAUUUCUUUAAAGAAUGUAAUGAAUUUUGUAGAAAAUACAAUUGAUAAAUACAAUUUCCAAAUAACUCUGAAAUAUUCUUUUCUUUUUUUUUAAGUUGAACUAAUGUGCUGGACACUUAGUAAUCAGUUAAAAGCCCCAGAAAUUACUUUUGUUCUUUUUUUUUCUUGUUCUAAACAUUAUUUAUUAUCAUUCUGUUUUUGAUCAGUGGAUAUUCUUUAUGGUAAAUUUAUAAAUAUAUUCUGUGGCGUAAUUGAGUUCUGUAAUCAAUUGUUAGGUGUACAAACAUUUUGGUGUCUGCAAAAUGUGUUAAUAUGAUAUUUAAAUUAUUAAAGUGUUGUAAUUCAGAAAUGUGGUACAUUGUACAUAUUUUAGAUCCAAAAUCUAGUAGUUUGUCUUAUUGGCAUACUCCCAGAUAUGUAUGUCGUUCACAUCUGACACCCAAAAUACAGUAGAACCCCAGGGGACACCUUCAGGACCAAUUGUUUUAAAAGAUGCACUUUCCCUCGUUUAGUGCCUGAAAAAGUGUCCCCUUUAUAUCGGUGCCCCAAAGGAGGGUUUCUACUGUAUUAAUGCCCCCUUUUGAAGUUCAUGUCUUUGUUAUUUUUUCUUGCAAGUAGAAUUGGUGCCAGUAUUUUUAUAUUCACAAAGUCUAAAGCUUGCCAAUUAUUCUUGUAAAUUGUAGAUAUAUUCUAGCUCAAAAGUAACAGUAUAUUACCAUAGGUACAGUAUGAGAUGGUAUGGAAGUGUUGGUAUCAGUGGAUAGUCACAGAUGAAUUAUGGGUACGAUGCAAGCUUAGACAUGUUACCUAAUAUAGUAGGAAUACUUUCCUUCUUCGUAAUGAUAUCGGGUGUUAAUUAUAUUUGUACAUUAUAUUGAUUAAAAGUACAGUAUUAAUUGUUGGCAGACAGUG